GGGGCGGCCACGACGCGGCGCGGCGCUGGCCAGCCUUCGGCGGGGGUCGCACCUGUUGCGUGGCUUCCCCGCGAUCCGGCUACGGCGGGCGGACCCCGAGCGCCCGGAGAACGUGGCGAGAAGCCCAGGCGCGCCCCGGGUCCCGCUGUGCCGGGAGCACGUGUCCUGCCCGCCUCCCGAGUGCGGGGCUGGGGGUCUUCCGGGCCAGUGCCGCGGCCGAGGUCGGCGGGGUCCGCAUCCUCCCAGCCGGCAGUUUUGAAAGAGCUGCCGUCCUUCCCCCAUCUCCGGGCUAGGGCAGGGGCUCUUGGAGCGACUUGGCCGGGGUCUGGGUUCCAGCCCUCGUCCCCUCCCUCGAGACCCGGGCUUCCCGGCUGUGCAGACCGUGGCAGGCGGCCGCCCCGGUCCCUUCCAGGGCUCGGGCAGCAUGGCUUCAGGCAAACCCAAGGCUAAAUAUCCCUUUAAGAAGCGUACCAGCCAGCAGGCGGCCUCUGCGGUACCAGAGGCCCGCGGUGGGCUGGGGGCCCCUCCGCUGCAGUCCGCGCGAUCCCUGCCAGGCCCCGCCCCCUGCCUCAAGCACUUCCCGCUGGACCUGCGCACGUCCAUGGAUGGCAAAUGCAAGGAGAUCGCGGAGGAGCUGUUCAGCCGCUCCCUGGCAGAGAGCGAGCUCCGCAGCGCGCCAUACGAGUUCCCCGAGGAGAGCCCCAUCGAGCAGCUGGAGGAGCGGAGGCAGCGGCUGGAGCGGCAGAUCAGCCAGGACGUCAAGCUGGAGCCGGACAUCCUGCUUCGGGCCAAGCAAGAUUUCCUGAAGACGGACAGUGACUUGGACCUCCAGCUGUACAAGGAGCAGAGCGAGGGGCAGGGGGACUGGGGCCUGCGGGAGCGCGACGUGCUGGAGCGGGAGUUCCAGCGGGUCACCAUCUCCGGGGAGGAGAAGUGCGGGGUGCCGUUCACGGACCUGCUGGACGCCGCCAAGAGCGUGGUGCGGGCGCUCUUCAUCCGGGAGAAGUACAUGGCCCUGUCCCUGCAGAGCUUCUGCGCCACCACCCGCCGCCACCUGCAGCAGCUGGCCGAGAAGCCCCUGGAGACGCGGGCCUACGAGCUGGGCCCGGACACCCCUGUGUCUGCCGACGCCCCGGUGCACCCCCCGGUGCUGGAGCAGCACCCCUACGAGCGCUGUGAGCCCAGCUCCAUGCCCGGGGACCUGGGCUUGGGUCUGCGCAUGGUGCGGGGCGUGGUGCACGUCUACACACGCAGGGAGCCCGACGAGCACUGCCCAGAGUUAGAGCUGCCGUACCCCGAACUGCAGGAGUUUGUGGCUGAUGUCAACGUGCUGAUGGCCCUGAUCAUCAACGGCCCCAUAAAGUCCUUCUGCUACCGCCGGCUGCAGUACCUGAGCUCCAAGUUCCAGAUGCACGUGCUGCUCAAUGAGAUGAAGGAGCUGGCCGCCCAGAAGAAGGUGCCGCACCGCGAUUUCUACAACAUCCGGAAGGUGGACACGCACAUCCACGCCUCGUCCUGCAUGAACCAGAAGCACCUACUGCGCUUCAUCAAGCGGGCGAUGAAGCGGCACCUGGAGGAGAUCGUGCACGUGGAGCAGGGCCGCGAGCAGACGCUCCGCGAGGUCUUCCAGAGCUUGAACCUCACCGCCUACGACCUGAGCGUGGACACGCUCGACGUGCACGCGGACAGGAACACCUUCCACCGCUUCGACAAGUUCAAUGCCAAAUACAACCCCAUCGGGGAGUCUGUCCUCCGAGAGAUCUUCAUCAAGACGGACAAUAGGGUUUCCGGGAAGUACUUUGCUCACAUCAUCAAGGAGGUGAUGGCAGACCUGGAGGAGAGCAAGUACCAGAACGCGGAGCUGCGGCUCUCCAUCUACGGGCGCUCGAGGGACGAGUGGGACAAGCUGGCGCGCUGGGCCGUCACGCACCGCGUCCACUCCCCCAACGUGCGCUGGCUCGUGCAGGUGCCUCGUCUCUUUGACGUGUACCGUACCAAGGGCCAGCUGGCCAACUUUCAGGAGAUGCUGGAGAACAUCUUCCUGCCGCUGUUCGAGGCCACCGUGCACCCCGCCAGCCACCCGGAGCUGCACCUCUUCCUGGAGCAUGUGGAUGGCUUUGACAGUGUGGAUGAUGAGUCCAAGCCCGAGAACCACAUCUUCAACCUGGAGAGCCCUCUCCCGGAGGCUUGGGUGGAGGAGGACAACCCCCCCUACGCCUACUACCUGUACUACACCUUCGCCAACAUGGCCGUGCUGAACCACCUGCGCAGGCAGAGAGGCUUCCACACGUUUGUGCUGCGGCCGCACUGCGGCGAGGCCGGGUCCGUCCACCACCUGGUGUCGGCCUUCAUGCUGGCCGAGAACAUCUCCCACGGGCUGCUGCUGCGCAAGGCCCCAGUCCUGCAGUACCUGUAUUACCUGGCCCAGAUUGGGAUUGCCAUGUCCCCGCUCAGCAACAAUAGCCUUUUCCUCAGCUACCACCGGAACCCGCUGCCUGAGUACCUGUCCCGCGGCCUCAUGGUCUCGCUUUCCACCGACGACCCCCUGCAAUUCCACUUCACCAAGGAACCGCUGAUGGAGGAAUACAGCAUCGCCACCCAGGUGUGGAAGCUCAGCUCCUGUGACAUGUGCGAGCUGGCCCGCAACAGUGUGCUCAUGAGCGGCUUCUCCCACAAGGUGAAGAGCCACUGGCUGGGACCCAACUACACCAAAGAGGGCCCCGAGGGCAAUGACAUCCGCCGCACCAACGUGCCGGACAUCCGCGUGGGCUACCGCUACGAGACCCUGUGCCAGGAGCUGGCGCUCAUCACGCAGGCCGUCCAGAGCGAGAUGCUGGAGACGAUCCCGGAGGAGCCCGGCCUCACCAUGAGCCCGGGGCCUCAGUGAGCCCGGCCGCCGCGGCGCCCCCUCCUGGCAGCACCUAGAUCGCGUGGUGUCCCGGGACCCCUCCCCCCGCCGUGGUCUCUGCAUGUGUCCGUCCGCCUCUGUUCCGUCCCGCAUGUCUCUGGCCUCCGCCUGUCCCUGUGCCUGCCCAGCGCCAGCCGGGCUGGGGUGUGCGUCGCCCUUUCUUGGCUCCGGCGGCACCCGAUGGCCUGAGUUGGAGAGCUGCCCUGUUGGGGGCCUUGUCCCAAGACCUUCUGAAACCUGUUGAGGGUCGGUUGUGGGGGGCCGGCCCCUCCAGCCUCUGGAGUCCUGCAAGUCCGAGCUUCGGCCAUGGCUGGAGGUCAAGCCCCCAUCUUGUUCCCAUGGCUGAGGGACCGUUGGGUGGGGCCUGUGCCCGUCUGCCGUGGGUGUGGGGCUGCAGGGCGUCUAUGGGGCCCCAGCGGCUCUGCGGUGGGCAGGGUGGGGCUGAGAGCAGGUGUAGUCCUGGCGUCCCGGGUUUGAACUCAGGCCUCGGAGGUGCUGGGCCACAGCCUCUGCCACGUCACUGCCCAGCAGUCUUGUCCGUCCUUCCUCUGGUCUGUGUGCCCUGGUGUUCGCUUCCUGUGCCUCUGUGGGAGGGGACAGCCGCCCUGGGCCAUGUCUGGGGCCCUGCAGCUGGGGGGUCCCGGAUCUGCCACCAGCCCUCAGGGCGUGUCCCACUGCGGUCCCUGGAGUUUUAAACGGACCCGGAUCCUGGCAGGUCCGCGGCAUUGUUUUCCGGGCCGAGGCCUUCGCUGUGAAAUGCAGUGUCUUACACGAUCCCACCUCUCCUAGUGCAUGAGAAAUAAAGAUUAUUUAAGUAACGAG